AUGUCAGGACGAGGCGGCCGAGGAGGCUCACGAGGUGGCGGACCAAACAACUCCAACACCCAAUCAGGCGAAAGGAAGAAGAGAGAAUCGAUAUUGAACUUGGCGCAGUAUGUCGAUCAGAGUGUUAGAAUCAAGUUCAUGGGUGGAAGAGAGGUUACAGGUACACUAAAAGGUUUCGAUCAACUUAUGAAUCUAGUAAUGGACGAUGUAGUAGAAGAGUACGAGAAUAAUACGAUGCCACCUCGUAAUUUGGGAUUGGUAGUUCUAAGAGGUCCUAACAUAGUGUUGAUAAGUCCCACAGAUGGUUCAGCGGAAAUCGAAAAUCCAUUCACAUAG